UCAGCUGAAGAUCAUUGCUCAGUGGUGAUCUUCUUUGUUUGUGAAUUCUAUUCUAUCAGCACUUUCAAAUUUCAAGACAGCAAGCAUAUCAUAAAACCUUGUCCCUUGUCAUUACUUUCACGGAAAUCCAAGUCAGAGUCAAGUCUCAGUGUCUCACUUCCCAAAAUUCUUCACCCUUUUGGCCUUUUCCCAUUCAGAAAUAUGAUUCAGUUCAAUACAACCAAGAUGAAAAAGUGGAUGUUUUCACACUGAUCUUCUCCUUAAACCCCGUCAAGUUUUUUUUCUUCUUUUCCCUCGCCUAAUGGAAGUUAUGUCAAACACCAUCAACAAGCAAAACAACAACGUAGCAGUUUCACAAGGCACCAUCCACUUCCAAAAGCUUUCUUUCUGGUUCGCAACUCGAACUUGUCCACCGGGUUAAUUUCCUUCUUAUCUUUCUCUUGUAGCUCCACUCCACUAAAAAAGUUUGAAAGGUUUUAAGUCCACGACCGCAAUUUCUACUACAUAAGUCAAGGUUUUUGGAACCAUUGUGAUUGUAAUUGUGGUUGCAUCGACUGUAUUUGUUCGCAAUUUUUUACAACAUCAAGGAUCAUAAUAAAACCUUUAGGACUAUGGUUUACUCCUUCUAUGACAAAACCUCUUCUUCUGGCUCUGAUAUUUCGGGGUUGAUCAAUCCUACUUUGAACAACCUUGGAGCUUCCAAUGGCGUUUCGCGGGGCGGCUUGUCAUCACCACAUUCUUUGGUUUUUGAGAGUGAGAAGGGAGAGCUAGUGAAGUGCCCUGCAACUGCAAAGGUAGGGAAGAGUGAGAUUUGUGAGGCCAAAGCUUUGGCUGCUUUGAAGAACCAUAGUGAAGCAGAGAGGAGGAGGAGGGAGAGAAUAAACGCUCAUCUUGCAACACUACGUGGCCUUGUGCCAUCCACUGAAAAGAUGGAUAAAGCCACUUUACUGGCUGAAGUGAUUAGCCAAGUGAAGGAAUUGAAGAAAAAUGCAAUGGAAGCAAGCAAAGGUUUUCUGAUCCCAAUGGAUGCUGAUGAAGUGAAAGUUGAACCAUAUGAUGAUGAAGGAGGAGAUGGAUCCAUGUCUUACUGUGCAACUAUCUGCUGUGAUUUCAGAUCUGAAAUACUAUCUGACCUAAGACAGACCCUUGAUUCCCUUCCACUGCAUCUAGUCAAGGCAGAAAUUUCAACUUUGGCAGGUAGAAUGAAGAAUGUGUUUGUCUUCACGUGUUGCAAAGGAAACAUUAAUAAUAUUGAUAUUGAAAAAUGCCAAGCUCUUGCAAGUACUGUUCACCAGGCACUAUGUUCUGUGCUGGAUAAGGCUUCUGCCACACUGGAUUUCUCACCAAGAACAUCGCAUGCAAGCAAGAGGAGAAGAUUAUGCUUUAUUGAAACAUCCACUUCCUCAUGCAACCACGGAUCUUGUUUGUGCUGAUGUCAACAAUUUGAUGUGUUAAUCUUAUUUGUUUCUGCAAGUGUUAAAGAGUGUGGUAUUAGUAUUUCUUAUUUGUUGAGGAAAGCUAACAAUACACUUGAUAGUAUAUUGUUUCAUAUAUUUUCUAUUAUUGGGUGAAUCUCACUAAACAAUAAAUGAGAUUCAUUAAGUAGCAUAUGUGACAUCACAUAAUGAGAGUCACGUUUAUCCAAUAAUAGAAAUUGUGCUAAAAAAAGUUUGUGAGAGAAUGCACUAUUCGUCUUACUAUGCAGCAAAAUUAUAGCUGUUUGGAUUACCCUUGCAUCCCUUCUAAAAGUAUAUUUAGAAGUAUUCUUUUUCGAAGGUACAAACAGCAAUCAAAAGUAUGUUCACAAUGAUAA